AUGCCAGUUGGGCAGCUGCACGCCCGCCCGGAGGGUCCUCUACAGUCCCCUCCACAACUUCCAACAAAUUCAAAUUCAGGCCCGACAGACCCUGAAUCUGCUCACGACGCUGGAGAUUCGGCCCCAGUGUCGAGCCGGUCGUCUUUCGACUAUGCCAGAACCUACUCGACUCCAGCGACUGGCGCGCAAACUCCAGAUCCCCUGCUAGGAAACAAGAAUGUUUUCGACAAGCAGGCGCUGAAAGUGUCACAGACUAUCACCAGUCUCAGCAAAACUACCGAGGAUGGCCACGAACUGAACCCGCUCGGCCAUCGCUUGACCAACCGAAAACAUUCGAUCUCCCGAUGCGGAGAUGAAGCUGAUGAGUCGGUGUCACCGACACGGAAAAAGCAGGGUAUUCCGCCUGAAUUCACGAGCUUCACUGCCGAAAUCAUCCUGGUGAUGGUCUGUUCCGCGGGCCUGAUGCUCUUCUCAUUCCUUCUGGGAGACAUGCUGGCCCCGCAAGAACAGUUGAAGCGUGCCCUUGGCAUCAACAACACCCAGCUCCCAUGGAUUGUGGGCGCAUUUAAUACAGCUAACGGCCUGUCUGUGGUGAUCUCAGGCUCUCUUUCGGAUCUGGCCCCUCCAAAGAGCCUGAUGGUGGCCGCAUUUGCCUGGCUAUCCGCCUGGAACAUCGUCGGGGCUUUCACGCUGCACCCCUCGCGGUAUGUUCUGUUCUUUGUCAUGCGGGCAAUGCAAGGACUUGCGAUCGGCGUCCUCGUCUCGGGCAGCAUGAGUAUCCUCGGGCGAGUGUAUAAACCAGGCAUCCGUAAGAACCGGGUCUUUUCCGCGAUGGCUGCGACCGCGCCGUUUGGCUUCUCGCUAGGUGCGCUCCAGGGAGGCGCGUUGAAUGCCCAUCUCGAAUGGAUCUUCGGAAUGAAUGCUAUCAUUUGCGCCAUCUUGUGUGUUGCUGCGUACUUUAGCAUUCCAGCUUUGCAACCGGUGGCUGAUGUGACGGGCACCGAAGCGCCAACUCUUCGGCAGUUCGAUUAUAUUGGAGGAGGCUGUGCGGCUGGAGGAUGUGUUUGCUUGCUUUUCGGCUUGACGCAGGGGCCUGUCACAUCCUGGUCGCCAUAUACAUACAUUCUCAUCGUCAUCGGUUUGCUUCUGCUGAUUGGGCUUUUCUUUGCUGAAAGAGCGGCCAUCCGCCCGUUGAUUCCAAAUCGUCUUUGGCGAACGCCCGGUUUCACUCCGUUGAUGAUCGCCUACUUCCUUGGCUUCGGGUCCUUUUUUGGCGCAUGGCAGUUCUAUGCGAUUCAAUUCUGGCUGCGUAUCCAGGGCGCUACUCCGCUUGAUGUGGCGCUUUAUCACAUCCCCAACGCCCUUGUUGGAGUCCUCGCAACUUGGGUCGUGAGCCGCACCCUUCACAUUGUCCCAGGCCACUAUAUUUACACCGUGUCGAUGCUCGCCUUCACCCUCGGUCCUGCCUUCUUUAUCCCACAGACUGCAGAUACAACAUACUGGAAGCUCUCCUUCCCCGGGGUCGCUCUUGUCACCUUUGGCCCCGACCUAGCCUUCGCUGCUGCUUCUAUCUUUAUCACCAGCAGCGUCGCUCGUUCAUACCAAGGUAGCGCCGGCAGUCUUCUGGUAACAAACCAAAAUCUCUCGUCAGCAAUCAUGACUAGCAUCGCGGAUGCAAUUGGCACGAGGGUUGAUAGAGGUCCCGAUGGACAGAUCGGCCUUGAGGGGCUGCGGGCGAUCUGGUGGUUUGCUCUCGCAGCGCAGUUGACUGCAGCGCUGGUCACGGUGGUUUGGGUCAGGAUUCCGAAAGAGGAAGAGAAGGAGCAUGUUACAUGA